AUGAAGUUACUAUCAAUUGUUCUCGUGAUUUUGGUGAGCUACGAUCAAAUCGCAGUUGCCUACCGGAUCCUCGGCAUAUUCCCACUUCAUGGACCGAGUCAUUGGGUCAUGAUGCAACCUCUGAUGAAAGGUUUGGCGCAACGUGGCCAUCAGGUAGACGUUGUCUCGCAUUUCCCGCAGAAGAAGUUGAUACCAAAUUACACAGACAUUAGUUUGGUCGGCUCUAUCCCCGAAGUUCGGAACAACGUAUCCGCAUCUGAAGUUUCGUUGUUCGGCAAAUUUUCCAUGAAAUAUCUGACCCAAAUGGCCGGGAACAAUAUUUGCGAGUUACUAGGCCACCCAACAUUGCAAAAUCUGAUCAAGAAUCCACCGCAGGAUCCUCCCUACGACCUCGUUAUUACAGAGGUGUUUAUGGCGCCAUGUUACUUGGCCUUCGGUCGUCUGCUCAAGGUCCCGAUGGUAGGCAUAAUAACCACCUCCUUCCACGACUGGCUCAACGAAGUGACCGGCAACCCAUUCAAUCCCGCCUUCAUCCCGAACAUGUUUUCGACGUUCGAGCAAAACAUGGAUUUCAAGGAACGGCUCAUCAACUUUCUCAUGAUGAAUAUGAUCUCCAUACAGAUUCACUAUUACACAAGCUUCCAGAUAGAGUAUGUGAAGAAGUACUUUGGUAUCGAAGACACGUCCAUCAGGGAACUGUACAGCGAUAUAUCUUUGUUUCUGGUGAACUCACAUCCCGCGCUGCACGGAAUCAGACCGUACACGCCGGCCAUAAUCGAGGUGGGCGGUUUGCACAUUGAGGAUGAUGGUGAAUUGUCGCCGGAAGUGCAGAAAUGGCUGGAUGAAAGCAAGGACGGCUGCGUGUAUUUCACGUUCGGCUCUAUGGUCAGGAUCGAAUCUUUCCCUAAAGAAUUGAUGGAAACAUUCUACACAUCGUUCAAGAAGAUUGCGCCGGUCCGUGUGUUGAUGAAAGUUGCAAGGAAGGAAGAUCUGCUGCCGGGAUUGCCAGAUAACGUGAUGACGCAAUCAUGGUUUCCGCAAGUCACCGUUCUCAAACACAAAAACAUACGGGCUUUCAUUACGCACGGUGGACUCAUGGGAACGCAGGAAGCGAUCUCUUAUGAAAUCCCCAUGGUCGGCAUUCCCUUAUUUGGCGAUCAACGUGUCAAUAUCCAGUCUUAUGUGAAAAAAAAGGUGGCUAUCUCGCUAAACUCUAUAUCGGACGUUACCGAAGAGAAAUUAACAUCGGCACUGAAUACUAUUCUGAAGGAUCCCAUUUAUCGUGAGAACGCACAGAAACUUUCGAGAUUGUUUCUCGAUCGUCCCAUGAGCGCUUUGGAUACGGCUAUAUAUUGGGUGGAAUACGCUGCCAAAUAUGGUAACUUCCUCCAAUCACCAGCCGUGCGUUUCUCUUGGUGGCAACGUCGCUUAUUAGACGUUUACGCUUUCUUACUGUUCGUGGUUAGCGCGGUGCUUUUGGCCGCGCUGUUUAUUCUGCGGAAGAUCAAGAGGCUCUUGUUCGGGCUGCGUGUGUAUGCAAAGGACAGUACGGUGAUCAAGUCGAAGAAGAACAAGUAGGCAAAACAGAGGCAGAACUUUUUUAGGAAUUUUAUGCAAUGGUUUGCCGUUUAUGCGCUUCUCGCGAGAGAGGAACAAUAGCCGGCAACGAAUUGUUAGGAAGGAGAAAAAUAUUUUUCAUUCUCUCUCUCUUUUUCUUUCAUAUCGUGUAUAUGUAUCCAGAGGAUUUUAAUAAAGUGUAUUCUUAAUUAAUUGUAUUAUAUAACAAACGUAAUUUCUGCUGCGAUUGUAUUAAUUUUCAUGUGGAACAAAAUUGCAUCAUUGUGUAUGUUU